UUUGUUUAUUAUAAUAAAGAGUUUUUAACACUUUAUAGCAUAUCAUCUUUUUCAUAUGAGUCAUCUACGAUCAGCCCUUAUCGUUGAAUACAUUGUCGUUGCGUAGUGCGAUGAGUGCAUAUUAUUGCUGUACGUAAACGUAUACAUAAAUUAUGUUUAUACGUUGGAAAUGAAGUGUGCAAAAAGAGUUAGUUUCGGAUGAAAGAUUAUAAUAAAUUGAGCAAUUUAACAAAUUGUAGGUGACGUGCAUAACAUUGUUAAAACACAAUUCUCAUAGAACUGCCUUCGUAAACAAGGCGCCAUGAUGUUCUUGCAACGCCAUAAUACUGUUAUACGACGUUUCGUUCUUUCUAUGAUAAAUAUUUAUAAUUAAAACUGCAUGUAAGAUACGAACGAAAUCAGUUACUUUUUGUGUACUUUUUUACAUCGUAAUAAUCUUUGGCUAUCUGAUUUUGGUGAGUACGUGUAAAAGUUAGUGAGUUCUUCCUAAAAUUCUGAAAGUUCUCGGUACUAUUGCUUAUUGCAAAUACCCUCAUUCUACCACGAAAAGGAGUGAAAAAGAUAGAGAUUGGAAGACAGAGAAAAGUCGUAGUGGAAGGGAAAAAGAGAGAGAAAUAUUAUGUACGCUACGAGUGGCUGUACUGUAUUACAAGAAAAUUUGCUCAGAUAUUUAUCGUGUUCGUAGAAUUGUUGUCAUUAAGAAUACGAUAAACUCAAGGUGAAAAUCGAUAAAUUCAUAGAUAUUUUUAUUUGAUUGUGAUGGCGAGAGGUUGGCGUCAAGAAUGUAGUAACAGGAGUGGGAGAUUGUAGUAAAAACAAUGCUGGAUCGCUAAGCAAGUUCUGCGUUGCUACAAAACGGAAACUAUAAAAAAUUCAUACAUAUAGUUUACAUAUUACAGUAUUUUUAACAUGGACGAUGAAGAAGGAUCAUCAAGUUCUGGACCUAUGUCUUCAUUGAACAGUUUGUUUUCAUUUACUAGUCCUGCUGUAAAAAAGUUACUUGGCUGGAAACAGGGUGAUGAAGAAGAAAAAUGGGCAGAAAAAGCAGUUGAUUCAUUAGUAAAAAAAUUAAAAAAACGUAAGGGUGCAAUAGAAGAAUUAGAACGUGCUUUAAGCUGUCCAGGCACACCUAGUAAAUGUGUAACAAUUCCAAGAAGUUUAGAUGGUAGAUUGCAAGUUUCACAUCGUAAAGGUUUGCCACAUGUAAUUUAUUGUAGAGUAUGGAGAUGGCCAGAUUUGCAGUCACAUCAUGAAUUAAAACCAUUAGAGUUAUGUCAGUACCCUUUUUCUGCUAAACAAAAAGAAGUUUGCAUCAAUCCUUACCACUAUAAAAGAGUGGAGAGUCCAGUGCUCCCACCUGUAUUAGUUCCUAGACAUUCAGAAUAUGCUCCUGGACAUUCAUUGUUACCAUUUCAACAAAUAGCAGAACCAACAAUGCCGCAUAAUGUGUCCUACUCCUCUAGUGGAUUUAAUGCUGGAUCUACUGGUGGUGUAAAUCCAACAUCACCUAUGUCUUCUGUUGGAUCUGUUCCCAGUCCAGGAAGCACAACAUCACCAAAUCCACAAAGUCCAUAUGGUACUAAUGGGCUACCAGAAACUCCUCCUCCAGCAUAUUCUCCACCUGAAGAUGGUUCACAACCUGGACAAUCACCACCACCUGAUCCAGUAGCAAUGGAUACAAGUGGAUCAGCUGAAGUAGCUCCAGUAUGUUAUCAGGAACCACCUUAUUGGGCCUCCAUUGCAUAUUAUGAAUUAAAUUGUAGAGUGGGUGAAGUUUUUCAUUGUCAUUCUCACUCUGUUAUUGUGGAUGGUUUUACAAAUCCAAGCAACAAUUCUGAUCGUUUUUGCCUUGGACAAUUGUCCAAUGUAAAUCGUAAUUCUACUAUUGAAAAUACAAGAAGACAUAUAGGCAAAGGAGUACAUUUAUAUUAUGUAGGUGGUGAAGUUUAUGCAGAAUGUCUCUCUGACUCUGCUAUAUUUGUACAAUCUAGAAAUUGUAAUCAUCAUCAUGGAUUUCAUCCUAGUACUGUUUGUAAGAUUCCACCAGGAUGUUCAUUGAAAAUAUUUAAUAAUCAAGAGUUUGCCCAGUUACUUUCACAAAGUGUUAAUCAUGGUUUUGAAGCAGUUUAUGAAUUAACAAAGAUGUGCACUAUAAGAAUGUCAUUCGUUAAAGGGUGGGGUGCUGAGUAUCACAGACAAGAUGUUACAUCUACUCCUUGUUGGAUUGAAGCACAUUUACAUGGACCCUUACAGUGGUUAGAUAAAGUGUUAACACAAAUGGGCUCUCCUCAUAAUGCUAUAAGUUCUGUAUCAUAAUUUGUGCAUCAAAUUUAAUAGUAAAGGGAGAAAAUAGUGAACUGUAGGAAAAUCUGAUGAUUCAAGAACAGUUUUUAAUAUUAUCAUAUAAUAUUUUAACUAGUUAUUGUAAGAGAUUUAUGAAAGUAUCAGAGAAAGUGGUAAAUGAAAAACUGCCUAAUGAGAUUUUUCUCAUGUGAGUAAACUGAAGCUAAUAUGAUCAUGAAAAUAAAGGGUUACGAAAGUUCGUAAUAAUUGAAAGUGAUCCUUAUUAACACGUUGACUGCCACGACACCCGUAUUCGGGUGUCAGCAAAGUUUCUAGUCUGGCCGCGUAAUAUAUAUUCGGGUGUCGUUUAUUUGACUACUUGCAAAGGAUCAUCGUAGGUAUUUGAGAAGAUAUUCCAUAAUAAUAAAACUGUUGAAUUGUUACAAAAGUAAUACAAAAAAUUAUUAAAAAAAUUAUUUAGAAUGUAAAACUUUAAAGUAUUCUAUACAUAGCUGAGGUUAACCGGGAUAAUUUGGACAAUAAGUUGUUGUUUCCUCUAAAUUUUUUGUGUCUUUGUUCGGUCCAUUUGAUGUCUUUUAUUUGCAUAAUAUAUUUUAUUUGUAUGCGCGUCUAAUGUUUCUUCCGGAAUCAUUUUUCCGAACGACGAUAUUAUGCUGACUCCAUCGAAGACAAGGGUUUUUUGUAUUUUCAGACAACCCUAAUAAUUUUACAGCUAAUAAUUCUCUAAAUAUUCUAAUAUAUAAGUAUAAAUUCUUCUUUGUUACAAUUUUGUAAACCGUCAAAGCGUUUUCAAUAGAAAUUUCCAGAAAAAGUUGGACGCCAAGUUUUCUGUACCAUUUGAUUCCUUUUCUAAUUAUGGUGGCAUAAGAAACCAUUUGGUCGGAAUAAUCUAUACCACACUUUCCUUCAUUAUAUUCAGCAACAGCUAGUGGUGUGAAUAUUGCAAACAAACGAAACGAAAGAUCAUUCUUGAGACCACCACUUGAGCGACUCGCAUUACUAAAAUAUCGAUGGGAGUAUCUAGCAGAGAACGCUUGGUACUGUGGCACGCAUGGCCUGACUGAGAUUUUCUUGAAAACACGCGUGGCAGUCAACGUGUUAAAGAAAUUUCGGAGAUUACAGUGUACACGUAAAAGCUGUACAAUUUUUUGGCUGUUAAAUAGGAGAAGAAUUAUAGCAGAAAAAAUAUGUGUUAUAUAUGAAGAAUCAUAUUUUUCAAAUAUAUUCAAUUACACUUAUAUAUAAUACGUUAUUUUAUAUGGAAAAUUGUUAUGAAAAUAUGUCCUAAUGCUAUAUCACGAAUGCUUCAUUAAAUUGUUUCAAGACUUAUACUGAAAUCUACAUAUGCGUAGUUAAAGAGCAAAUCAACUGUAAUUAAACAAAAGACGAUUACUGAAUAAUAAUCUACGAGAAUGAUUCAGAAUUACAUCAAAUAACAUUUUAACAUUUAUAGUUUUGAAUACAAUAUGCAUGCUUCUGAAGCAUUUGAUUUAUGCCUAAACAAGUCUUAGAAUAUUUAAAUUUAUUACUAUUAAGAUUAUAAUCUAAGUGUAAUUAAUUUCAAUUUUACUAAUUGUAAUACAAUUAAUAUUUUAAUAUAAACAUCAGAUGCUGAUCUCACGUUAACAUUUGAAAGUUAACUGUAUCUGAUGACAUAUUGGAAUAUUAACUUUGAUAAUGCAUAUAAAAAUAUUUUUUGCGCAACGUUUCCUAAUAUUCGAGAAAUGUAAGCCUUUGGAUGUAGCCUUAUAAGAAAUUAAUGUGACAACUAACAUAAAGUCAUCUACUUACUUGUCGAAUUGAGAGUAAUAUAAGACUUAUGUGUUAGCUUUGCACUUUUCAGAAGUGUUUACAAAUUUUAGGCUUUGACAUAUGUACAUAUAAAAAAUAUACUAUUAUAUGAUGAUAUAUGCAAUUCCAAAAAUUGGCAUUACAUUCGAUACAAACCAUAUGAAAAUUCUGUGAAUUGAAUUCUGAAAAGUGCCAAAAGUGUAUGUAUAUAAUGCCUUUCAUUUAAAUCAUGUCGAAAACUAUUUUUGUUGAUCAUUAAUAGAAAACUUAAGCCAAUGGAGAAAGAUUUACUUAGAAAAUAUUUGGUUACAAAAGAUAUUGCUUGUUUUAUAUAUUUUACUGAAUGACAUGCAAAUUUUAUAAGAACAUUAUAAUAGUGAGCAUAAGAAUUAUAUAUCACAUACACAUUCAAUAAUGAGCUGGGAAGGUCAUAUGAAUACUUAGUUGAGAUUAAAUAAAAUUAAAUCAAUGGAAAGCGUUAUGUAUUGAAAUUUCAUUACAAUCAACACUCAUGUCUGUGUCUUUACAUAUUUAUAACAGAACAUUAGCUUCAUGAUGUAGACAUUUAUUGUAUACAUCGAUUCUCAUCUUAAUUUUACAUUAAGGUACGCAGGUAUUACUGAAGAAGCACAAAUCUCAACUUAAUGUUACUAUUGGAAAUACCCAUAAUGUAUAUUCGAAUGAUCUUCUGGCUUGCUGAUAAACUUACGAUUAUCAUUCAAAUUAUUUUUAUGUAUAUCUUAUGAAUAUUUCAAUUGUAAGUGAAUGAAGAAAGUAUACGGAUCAUAUAACUUUAACGGAGAGUACUUGAGAACUGGAACAGAAGUCACUGCCGCUUGCUGUUACUUAUUUGUCGAUGUACCUAGCUGUGAUUGUUUGCUACCAAAUUUAGCAAAUUACGUAUGGGUGAUCAACGAUGGUAAAAGUAUUUGCUUUAUUGAAUCAAUAAAGAUGAAGAUAUGUAUUUGAAUUUAAAAGCAUAAUCGUACAAGGAAAUAUGACAAUAACGCCUUAAAAAAAUAUACGACGAAUAAAAAUAUUCAAUCAAAGGAACAUUUAUCGUACCACGUACUGUUUUUUCGUGAUCACCUGUAAUACCCAUUUAGUUGAAAAAAAGAAAGAUAAUAAUAAUAAGAGAAAAGUAUUUUUCAUUGAAACGACGCUGUAAUUGGUAUAGAUAAUGUCUUAAAAUAAUGUAAACCUGUUAACAGAAAUGUGAAUUAAUGUUUUAGGUAUAUCGAGCUUGUAGCACUCGUAACGAGCACAAUGCUUUAUCGCAAUAUGUAUGUAUGAAUAGCUACAUAUGUAAUAACUAUAUUUAGAGCUUCUAUUCUUUGUUGGUAUCGUUUUCAAUUUUUUUACUGUUAAUUGAUGCACCAUAUAUUGCAAAUCUCAUUUCCAAAUCACCUGACAUUGCUUUCUAAUUCCUAAGUUUUACAAAACUGGAUAAAAGCUUAGUGAGUAUUGCAACAACAUUAUCAUGCUACAAUUUAUACACUUAAUUAUGUGCCGCCCAAGUUGUGCCUUGGAUAUCUUUUACACAAUAUAUUUCAAAUAAAUAUACAAAUAUGAAAUGAAAAUUUGCUACGAUGUGUAGUGAAACAAAUGUAUUGUUUGUCAAAUAGUGCUUACAUAUAUUUUGAUCGUAUAUUAUGUGCAAAGUCCACUGCCUAUAAUGAGAUUCCUAAAUGCAUAAAGAUAUAUUUAAAGAUACAAUAGUUUUAUAGCAAGAAAUGUAUAUAGAUUAUCAUGAUUGGUGAUUUGGGAAAGAUUUGUGAUUAUUUUAGAUGUCAGUCAGUGUAAAUAAAUUCUUUUAGCUGUAAAAAAACAUUUACAAAAUCCAUUCCACAUUUAUCAUGUAGAUCCGAUAGCUACGGGCUUUCUCUUUAAUAUUUUCUUUACGUCUUUUAGAGUGUCGGUAUCAUUGUAUAUUAUUCUAGACGAUGAUCGUGAUAAUAAAAAACACAGCCAUUUAUCAUAAUCGAAAGUACGAUAUCAAAUAAAUUCUGUUGCAGAAUCAUAAAGAUUAUCAACAGAAAUAUCGAUCAGAUAUAGCUAAACAUAAUUAAAGCUGCAUAAAUUUCUUUAUCCUUGAAACUGAUAUCAUUCGCACAUAUAGAAAUCUUCAUACUUUCGAUGAUGUAACAGCAGAUGCUGAUUUGUUGUAGCAAUCAACAUUACGAUAUCGUACAGCUCUGCUAUCGUUAUUAAAAUUAUGAAAUUCUUCAAGAGAGACUUCGUACAUAUUAGAAUAUUAUCAGAAAAAAUGUACUCUUGUUUCCUCUGUCAAUCUUUCGAAACGAAGUCAGACUUCGUUCGACGAUUCAAAAAUUUUCAUUUGUGCUACUGUAUCUGCAUUUCUGGUAAUUACUGUGUUGUGCAGUUACCGAGUAUAAAUAAAAAAUGUUUCCUAUCUGUGUAUCUAUAUGCAACGAAAA